UUAUGUUAGAACAAGAACCUUGGCUAACAGCAUAAGGCAUUAUCAUUAUUCAUUAGCAUUAGCAUAAAUAUUAUUCUAAGCCUGAAAUCCUAGAGAAAAAAAAUGCCGAUUUCUAAAAUUGCCAUUGGAAAUCCUUCUGAAUUUGGCAAAGCUGAUGCACUCAAGGCUGCUCUAGCUGAGUUCAUCUCAAUGCUUAUCUUUGUCUUUGCAGGACAAGGCUCUGGCAUGGCAUAUAACAAGCUCACAGACAAUGGUUCAGCAACACCAGCUGGAGUAGUAGCUGCAUCACUGUCCCAUGCAUUUGCUCUCUUUGUUGCUGUCUCUGUUGGUGCUAACAUCUCUGGUGGCCAUGUCAACCCUGCUGUUACAUUUGGUGCCUUCAUUGGUGGCCACAUUACCCUCAUUAGAGGCCUCUUGUAUUGGAUUGCUCAGUUGCUUGGCUCUGUGGUUGCUUGCUUGCUCCUCAAAUUUGCCACUGGGGGAUUGGAAACUUCUGCAUUCUCAUUGUCUUCUGGUGUGGGAGCAUCAAAUGCACUUGUCUUUGAGAUUGUGAUGACUUUUGGUUUGGUUUACACUGUGUAUGCCACUGCAGUGGAUCCAAAGAAGGGUGACAUCGGGAUUAUUGCUCCAAUUGCCAUUGGUUUCAUUGUGGGAGCUAACAUCUUGGCAGGUGGUGCCUUUGAUGGUGCAUCCAUGAACCCAGCAGUGUCUUUUGGGCCCGCAGUUGUUAGCUGGACCUGGACUAAUCACUGGGUCUAUUGGGCUGGCCCGUUGAUUGGUUCAGCUAUUGCAGCAGUUGUCUAUGAGUUGUUCUUCAUCCCCCAAAGCAAUUAUGAAGAGCUCCCUGUUGCAGAAUAUUAGGACCAAAACUCCCCCAGUGUUUUAAAUUGAAAGUGGGGAGGGUUUUUCUUUUGUUUCCCUAUGUUGUUUGCACUUUCAUGUUUCCAAAUGUUGAAUUCUCUUUACUUUUGUCCUGUUCUGUAAGAUCAUGUAUGAAUGAUCAUUAGAUGUUUUAGCCAA